GGCUGGCUAUGAACUCAGCUCAGACGCGAAGUUGAAGGACAGUAGUUUUAGUCACUAGUCAACAAGCACAGGGUAAAGUCAGUGGGGGUCCCACCUGCUUGCUUUCUCGUUUCGCUGUUUUACCGUGGAUGCCCCCCGAAUGAAAAGUCAAAUGUCGCCUUCGCCUCGCUUUUUCUCGCCAAAUGAGGUAGCCAAGCACUGCACCAAGGACUCGUGCUGGGUGCUGGUAGGGACGCGCGUGUACGAUGUGACGGGCUUCCUUCGGAUGCACCCGGGCGGAGAGGCGCUCAUUCUCCGCCGCUCUGGCAAGGACAUCAGCCCGGAGCUAAACGGUCCACCGCACAGGCACUCGGAAAACGCCCGGAGAUGGCUGGAGCAGUACUACAUCGGCGAAAUCGACAGAGACUGCACAGAUGAAGACAUGGAGACUCUAAGACAGAGAAAGAAGAUGACAGAAGACACAAUAAAUGAAGAAGCAACCUCAGCCAUCAAUAAAUGCAGCAAAGUCAAUGAAGAAACGGAUCUGGUAGACUGGGGAAAACCGCUGGCAUGGCAGGUCGGAAACCUGGGAGAGAAUUAUGACACAUGGGUCCAUCAGCCUGUGGACCGACCGAUCCGACUGUUUGAAUCAGACUUUUUUGAGGCCAACACAAAGACUUCAUGGUACAUGGUGCCUAUUGUAUGGUUGCCAUUGGUCAUCUAUCUGAGCUGGUAUUGCUACGCAUUACUGGCACAAGAGAGUACAAGACUGUACAUUACAUCAGAUUACUCCGUUCUGAUCCACAAGUACACCUUUCCAUUUAUUUUCAUGAUCGGGAUGUUCAUUUGGUCUUUUGUCGAAUACUGCAUCCAUCGCUUCGUCUUCCACAUGCGCCCACCUGCCCACAAUUAUUACCUCAUCAUGCUGCACUUCCUGCUGCACGGUCAGCACCACAAGUCUCCAUACGAUGGCUCUCGUCUGGUGUUUCCUCCCAGUCUGGCAGCCAUUGUUAUCGGGGGUUUCUAUGUAGCGCUCGUCAAGAUCUUCCCUGAGGGUCUGGGGACCUCGCUGUUUGUCGGAGGUCUGUGUGGAUACGUGGUCUAUGACAUGAUCCACUAUUACCUGCACUACGGCUCGCCACAGAAAGGCUCUUAUCUGUAUGGAUUAAAAGCUUACCACGUCAAACACCACUUUGAACACCAACGGGCAGGUUUCGGGAUCAGCACUACAUUUUGGGACUACCCCUUCAACACAGUCAUCCCGGAGCAGACGUUUUAAAAACUCCCUCUUUUGCCACAACGACCAAAGCAAUACAUUCCCAUUAAACUCCUAUAAGCCUCUCCAUUUCCCACUGCAUCCUCA